UUUCUCGAACCCGCAGCCUUUUCGGCAGCCAUUGCCCGAGUGCAGACGAAAGUGGCGGAAGUCGAGGCUGGGAGCAUCCUCCACCGCCGAGCGAGGGCUCGCGAUCCUCCCAGGCGGCCGAGCGCGCAGGCGCAGCUCCCAGUAACUGCCGGUUGGAGGCGUCCGAGCCGCAGUGAAGAGACCCCUGCGGCCGGACGCAGCUGAGGCAGUGGCUGCUGGCGUCUACUCCCUCCGCGGUUUCCUGACGCCCUGCCCUAUUUUCAGAGUUUGCGACCCGGAGUCCUGUCUCUGAUUCUCGUAGGAGUCGCGGUCCCAGCAGGAACGACCCACCAGAGGACGUGGUCCCUGCACCCGAGGCUUCAGCGCCGGCAGCCCGACCAUCAUCAGAAGGCGGGAUGUCUGUGGUUGGCAUUGAUCUCGGCUUUCUCAACUGCUACAUCGCUGUAGCAAGGAGUGGCGGCAUUGAGACCAUCGCCAACGAGUACAGCGACAGGUGUACCCCGGCCUGUAUAUCUUUGGGCUCAAGAACUCGAGCCAUUGGAAAUGCAGCUAAAAGCCAGAUAGUCACAAAUGUAAGAAAUACAAUUCAUGGCUUCAAAAAGCUUCAUGGGAGAUCAUUUGAUGAUCCUGUUGUGCAGACAGAAAGAAUCAGGCUUCCCUAUGAGCUGCAAAAGAUGCCUAAUGGAAGUGCGGGAGUUAAGGUGCAGUACCUAGAAGAAGAGAGACCUUUUGCAAUUGAGCAAGUUACUGGAAUGCUGUUGGCCAAGCUUAAAGAAAUUGCAGAAAAUGCUUUAAAGAAACCAGUAGCUGAUUGUGUGAUUUCAGUUCCUAGCUUUUUUACUGAUGCUGAGAGAAGGUCUGUACUGGCUGCAGCCCAGGUUGCAGGCUUAAAUUGUUUAAGACUAAUGAAUGAAACUACAGCAGUUGCACUAGCAUAUGGAAUUUAUAAACAGGAUCUGCCCUCGUUAGAUGAGAAACCAAGAAAUGUAGUAUUUAUUGAUAUGGGACAUUCUGCCUAUCAGGUCUCAGUUUGUGCUUUUAACAAAGGAAAACUUAAAGUCUUGGCUACUACCUUUGACCCAUAUUUGGGUGGCAGGAACUUUGAUGAGGCUUUAGUAGACUACUUCUGUGAUGAGUUCAAGAUCAAAUAUAAGAUAAAUGUGAAAGAAAACUCUCGGGCCUUGUUGCGUUUAUAUCAGGAAUGUGAAAAACUAAAGAAGCUAAUGAGUGCAAAUGCAUCAGAUCUUCCAUUGAACAUUGAGUGUUUCAUGAAUGACCUUGAUGUUUCUAGUAAAAUGAACAGGGCUCAAUAUGAACAGUUGUGUGCUUCUCUCUUGGCCAGAGUUGAACCACCUUUAAGAGCAGUAAUGGAACAGGCUAACCUACAACGUGAAGACAUAAGUAGUAUAGAAAUUGUAGGAGGAGCAACACGAAUUCCUGCAGUGAAGGAACAGAUUACGAAGUUCUUUCUUAAAGAUAUAAGUACCACUUUAAAUGCUGAUGAAGCUGUUGCAAGAGGAUGUGCAUUGCAGUGUGCAAUUCUCUCACCAGCAUUUAAAGUGCGUGAAUUUUCUAUAACAGACAUCAUUCCCUAUUCAGUCACAUUAAGAUGGAAGACCUCUUUUGAUGAUGGAACUGGGGAAUGUGAAGUAUUCUGUAAGAACCAUCCUGCCCCGUUCUCAAAAGUUAUUACUUUCCACAAGAAGGAGCCAUUUGAACUAGAAGCAUUUUAUACUAACUUACAUGAAGUGCCUUAUCCUGAUCCAAGAAUUGGGACCUUCACUAUUCAGAAUGUUUUUGCACAAUCUGAUGGUGAUAAUUCCAAAGUAAAGGUUAAAGUUCGUGUUAACAUCCAUGGAAUCUUCAGUGUGGCUAGUGCAUCAGUAAUUGAGAAGCAAAAUUUGGAAGGGGAAUAUAGUGAUGCUCCUAUGGAGACAGAAACUUCAUUUAAGAGUGAAAACAAAGAUGAUGUGGAUAAAAUGCAGGUUGACCAAGAAGAAGGAGGUAAUCAAAAAGGUCAUGCUGAACAUACCCCAGAAGAGGAAAUUGACCAUACAGGAGCCAAAACAAAGCCAAUUGCCUCAGACAAACAGGAUCGAUUAAAACAGACGAUUAAAAAAGGAAAAGCCAAAAGCAUUGAUCUACCUAUCCAUAGUAGCCUGUGUAGACACCUGGGCCAAGAUCUUAUCAACAGCUAUAUUGAAAAUGAGGGGAAGAUGUUAAUGCAGGAUAAGUUAGAGAAAGAAAGAAACGAUGCUAAAAAUGCUGUUGAAGAAUAUGUAUAUGAUUUUAGAGAUAGACUGAGCACUGUCUAUGAAAAAUUCAUCACUCCAGAGGACAUGAAUAAAUUGUCUGCAAUACUGGAAGACACAGAAACUUGGCUUUAUGAAGAAGGAGAGGACCAACCUAAACAAGUUUAUGUCGAUAAGCUUCAAGAACUAAAGAAAUAUGGCCAGCCUAUUCAAGUGAGAUACAUGGAACAUGAAGAGAGACCAAAAGCUUUGAAUGACUUGGGAAAAAAGAUUCAACUUGUCAUGAAAGUGAUAGAAGCCUACAGAAGCAAGGAUGAAAGAUACGAUCAUUUGGAUCCUGCUGAAGUGGAAAAAGUUGAAAAGUUUAUCAGUGAUGCCAUGAGUUGGCUGAACAGCAAGAUGAAUGCACAGAACAAAUUAAGUCUCACUCAAGAUCCUGUGGUAAGAGUGGUAGAAAUAGUUACAAAGUCAAAGGAACUGGAUGAUUUCUGUAAUCCCAUCAUUUACAAGCCCAAACCAAAAAUAGAAGUUGCUGAAGAUAAAGCAAAAGCUAACAGUGAAAACAAUGGACCAGUGGAUGGACAGAGUGGGCCUGAAACCAAACCAGAUAUAAAAGACAGCUCACAGCAUACUAAAUCUUCAGGAGAGAUGGAAGUGGACUAAGUUUUAAUUUUACCUUUAUAUAAUUCAAACACUUCAAGUACCACAAGGUCCAUUCAUCUUUUACAUGUGGUACACACAACAGAUAGAUGUUCAGUUGUUCUAAACUACUUUUUGUCAUUUGUUUUUAAGAGUAGUUUUGAAGUGUUCUAUGAGUGCACCUCUAUUCAUUUCAUUGCUGCUUUUGUGAAGCUUUAGCUAAAUGCAGUUGUAGAAGUCAGUUUAAGCUUUCCUGAUCCAUUUUGUAUCAGACAUGUAAGAUUUAGUAUGUAACUGGCAAUGAUCUACCUUAUUUAAAGCUUAGAACUUGGAUAAAACCUCAGUUCCUUUAUUCAGAAAAGGAUACUGUGUUGCACUAUUGUUACAGAAGCAUAGACAAUUGCAUUGUUAUUCUGAAGAACAAAUUAAAAUUGAUGUGAUUUAAAGCCACUGAGGCACUGACUUUUUCUAGAUUGGUAUUAGUUUAAAUAUUAAGUGAGAGGUUACUCAACAAAUUAGUCUAUCUCACUGAUAGAUGAGAACUUCAGUUUUGUAGUCAUUACAGAAAUGAACCAAAUCCCACAUGGAAAAGAGAAAAUGCAAAAUUUUAUGGCAAGGUGACACCAGCAGUUUGCUUCUUUUAUUAGUAAUAUAGAUUGAUGUUUUCUCAAAGUAACUGUCUUUUUCAAUUAAAACUUUUGAUCUAUUUGUGAAGGCCAGUUGCUGUUAAAAUAAUGCUAGCCUAUACUUUCAUAUUAUAGGGAAAAUGUAGAACUACUCAGAUAUGCAUCUGUGAUGUUGAUAGCCUUAUUUUAGUUUUUAAUAGUUGUCUCGGUUUUCUUAAUAGAUUUGUUAAUAAUACCUUAACAUAGGAUAAAGAGAAAUGGCACAAUGCAUUGCAUUACAUACAUUGAUUUACUGUUAUAAAUACUAUUGAAUGAGCAGUAAUAGUUGAAAAGGAGCACUUAAACUACAAGUCUUAGGAAAUAAUGCUUGUAAUAAACUUAACAAUGUUACAUAUCAAUUGGCAAAAUAUAUAAUGUUACAAAAUGUAAUAUGAUAUGAUGUGAUUAAAUUAUAGUUCCUGCUGUUAAAUUACCUUUUGAAACCGUGGCUCCAGUUUUGGUGCUUCUUAAAUAAGUGGGAAAAAGGGACAUUAGUACUCUAUGCUUCAUCACCAGACUUGUUCACAUCUCUUAGCUCUAUCCAAAGGCUUGAAACUGUUUUCCCAUGGUUAAAGACUGAAGUUACACUUCAUCUUACAAGGGGAAGAAGCAUAGAUGAACGUAUGGACCUGUGUAUUCUUAAUGGACCUUCGUGUUCUUAAUGCUGGUCAAUGACAUUGACAAGUUAAAAGUUUAAAAGGCUCGCUUUUUUCCCAAAACAAAAUCUUUAUAUUGAAUUAAUAUUAACUUUUCUUAAGUAGUAUAUAUGGAGAGUAUAAUAUCUUUAGGGAUAGUCAUUUCUCAAAACUAGUUCUCUAAUAGAGAUUUUGUUUCUACAAUGUAGCCUCCAGUUUUCAAAAGGAGAGUAUAAAGUAGUGUGUUUUACAGGGACUUUUAUUCAGCCUUUUGUGGGGAGUGUCCCUUUUUUGCAUUUUAAAAAAAACCCAUAGCCCUAAUUUUUUUUUUUU